AUGGCUGAUCUCCACAUGACCGACCGCCCGGGAUUCACCGGCAAGCUGAACGCGAAGAUCCUCGAGCGCGUCCGCUUCUUCGCGAAGGAGCUGGAGAUGCCGGAGCUGGAGGCGAAGUUCCCGCACCUGAAGGUGACAGACGGCUCGUGGCGCGGCCGUCUCCCCGGCGAUGACGUCAACCUCGCUGACUACAUCGACCACACUGUGCUCAAGCCGGAGGCGACACUGGAGUCUGUCAAGCAGCUGUGCGCUGAGGCGAAGCAGCACAAGUUCUACGCGGUCUGCGUGAACGGCAGCCGCGUGAAGCACUGCGUUGAGUUGCUGCGCGGCAGUGGGGUGAGGACGGCUGCGUGCUGCGGCUUCCCGUUGGGCGCUGGCACCAGUGCCGCGAAGGCCGCGGAGGCGGCGGGCGAGGUCCAGGACGGCGCG